UCCUCGCAGCGCUGACGCUCCAAUCUUCUCCUCCUUCCCCCACUCCGGCUCAGCGGCGCUCAGGCUCGGGCCCUCAGCGACGGAGGGGCAGUCCCAGGCUCGGCGGCGGCGUCAGCGGCUCCCCCUCCCGCCUCGCGCUCGCGCGCUCGCCUCCGUCCUCCGCGCACCGGCCGGCGACCCCGCCUAAGGUCAUGGCAGAGGUGAUAGAUCUAACGGGAGAUGGAGGUGUUCUUAAGACAGUAGUCCGGAAAGCAAAAGACGAUGCUAUAGCGCCGUCUGAGAGCCUGCCUUUAGUUGAUGUUCAUUAUGAAGGUACACUUGCUGAGACUGGUGAAGUUUUUGAUACCACCCAUGAAGACAACUCUAUUUUCUCAUUUGAAAUUGGACAAGGGGCUGUCAUCAAGGCAUGGGAUAUAGCCUUAAGAACUAUGAAGGUUGGCGAGGUUGCAAAAAUUACAUGCAAGUCAGAAUAUGCAUACGGAGCUGCAGGCUCACCACCAGAGAUACCUCCUAAUGCAACCCUUAUUUUUGAGGUGGAGCUAUUAGCUUGCAGGCCGAGGAAAGGUUCAAGUGUGGGGAGUGCAUCUGAUGAGAAAGCCAGACUUGAGGAACUUAAGAAGCAACGAGAGCUAGCUGCUGCUACCAAAGAAGAAGAGAAAAAGAAGAGGGAGGAAGCAAAAGCCGCUGCAGCAGCCCGGGUACAAGCAAAGCUUGAUGCGAAGAAGGGGAAGGGAAAAGGAAAGGGAAAAUAGAUUACAACGCUGCUGCUGACUAUUGUAUAACCUAGAAAAUAAUUGUGGGAGCAUCCUCAAACUGCACGUCACUUGCUGGUACUAUGCUUGAUGUUGUACCCUUGCUCCUGCCUGGCAUGUAUCGAAAAGAGCGAAGUAUGAAUAAUAUUUGGUGUCUACGUGGAUCACGAAUCGUAUGGUAUGCAUUACAUAUUGGCGUGGCUGCUGAUAUGGGAUAGCAUGUCUGAUUUGAGAUGACAUGUUGGUCAGUUCGUGUUC